GGGGUGUUAUUUGGGGUCAAAUAACACAAAAUCUGUUAUUUGACCCCAAAUAACAUGUUUGGCUGACAAAAAGUGGGAUGUGUUAUUUGGAUGUAGUGUUUUGCCAAAUAACAGGUUUGAGACCAAAUAACACAAAAAGUGUUGUUUGCCAAAUACUUGGGAGGGGGCAGGUAUUUGCCAAAUAACAAGUUUGAGACCAAAUAUCACAUACCAAAUAACAGGUUUUAUAUUAUG